AAAAGACUCUGUAUAUAUUAACCUUAAUGUAACAUUUGGGUCUUGACUUGUUUGUUUUGUGUGAUUUGCUAGUUGGUGAUCUGAACCAUCUCAUCUCGGCUACAAUGAGUGGUGUUACAUGCUGUCUUUGUUUCCCUGGUCAACUCAACUCCGACCUUAGGAAGCUCGCUGUGAACCUGAUACCUUUCCCAAGGCUCCACUUCUUCAUGGUGGGUUUUGUUCUGUUGACAUCGAGAGGAUCACAGCAAUACAGUGCCUUCAGUGUCCCUGAGCUGACCCAGCAGAUGUGGGAUGCGAAGAACAUGAUGUGCGCUGCUGACCCUCGUCACGGACGUUACUUAACUGCAUCCACUGUGUUCCGUGGAAAGCUGAGCACUAAGGAGGUUGAUGAGCAGAUGAUGAACAUCCAGAACAAGAACUCAUCCUACUUUGUGGAAUGGAUCCCGAACAACGUCAAGUCCAGCGUCUGUGACAUUGCAACAUUAACUCUUAUAAUAUUUUUAUAAACUCUUAUAUACAGAUUUAUAAGCCUCUAUAAAAUUUUAUA